AUGAAUAACGGUUCUGGUCGGUAUGUGCUGACUCCUCCAGAUGACCUGUACCCGUAUGUGAAAAGCUUGCAACAUGAAGACCAAGUGUACCCCGAUUUUAAGCCUUGGGAACACUCUACGGCGGAGGACCAAAUUUUGGUAAACUUUGUGGCUAAGGGAUUUUACCACACGCCAAUGGUCAAUUUCGAAUCUAUAUCUGCGAGAUCGUCUGUCCAUGAAUCGCUGGUCACUCAAUCUAAUCUGCUUUCCCAGCAAUUCGACAAAAUCAUCAAAAUAAGAGAAGACCAAAUCAAUAAAAUUCCCUCGCACUCUACCACGACGUUGCAUGGGCCCGGGUUCCAAUUGCCCAACAGAAUUACGCUAACAGAUCAUAGGAAGGAGACGUGGUUACAAGAAUUGAGUUCCUCCUUCACUUCGCUGAUCAAGAUUGGCAAGUUCAUACCACACGGCUUGAAAAGAAGACAAGUCAUCGAACAGUGCUAUUUGAAGUUCAUACCUUUGAAAAGAGCCGUUUGGUUAAUCAAAUGCUGUUAUUUUAUCGAGUGGAAGUCCAACCAUAAAAAGAAGAGGUCCAGUGCUGCUGGGCUUGAGGAUGCCAUUUCCAUGCAUCUGCUGAAGGACUGGACGGAUACGUUUGUCUAUAUCCUGGAAAAACUUAUCUUUGACAUGACAAACCAUUAUAACGAUUCUCAACAACUGCGUGUGUGGAAAAGGCAAAUUUCUUAUUUUUUGAAGCUUCUGGGCAACUGUUACUCAUUGAAACUAAUUAACAAGGAAAUAUUCCAUUAUUGGCUUGUGGAAUUCAUUAACAAGAUGGAAAACUUCGAAUUCCUACCAUUGUCUUUACACAUUCUGAUGAUUUUUUGGAACGAUAUAUGUCAAAUUGAAACGAGCGCUGCUGUUGCUCCCACAAAAAAUCAAAAAGAACCGUUCUUUUUAGUGUCGAAGAUCACGGAUAUGCUGCUGCAUAAAUACUACGUCGUAUCCAACAGUAAAUCAAUGAUUAAUGACGAAAACUAUAUUAUCAAUGACAUAAAGAAGAAUAACAAGAUCAAAAUGAAUAUCCUAAAGAUUUUGACUAACUUAAUUUUAAAAAUUUUUCAGGAACAGUCCUUGGAGGUAUUUAUCUUCCCUUCAUCAAACUGGGAAACCUACAAGCCGUUGCUUUUCGAAAUUGUGUAUAAUGCUAGCACCACUUCAAAUACUGAGAUCAAGAAAAAGUUGGAAUUAAUCAGUUAUAGAAACGAAUCAUUGAAAAAUAACUCUUCCAUAAGAAACAUCACGAUGUCAUCCACCAACGCCAACGACUUCCGAUUAACCAUUGGCACUUGUGAACAAUUCCCAAAACUGUCAUGCAUACAACUGAACUCUAUAGAUACCCAAUUCACCAAGCUAUUGGACGAUAACCCAACGGAAUUCGAUUGGCCGACCUACAUUGAUCAGAAUCCUCUAACAAUGAACAAAAUAAUUCAAUUGAUCAUUUGGUCCAUUCAUCCAUCAAGACAAUUCAAUCAUUAUGAAUCCAAUCAACUCGUAGCGAAACUAUUACUGUUACGAAUAAAUUCUACAGACGAGGAUCUACACGAAUUUCAGAUUGAAGAUGCCAUCUGGUCAUUGGUUUUCCAAUUAGCCAAGAACUUUUCAUCCCAAAAAGAAGUCAUAUCAUUUAUGAUGCCCUCGCUGUAUCGCUUAUUAAAUAUAUUAAUCACUUAUGGAAUCAUCAAGGUCCCCACAUACAUUAGAAAACUGAUCAGUUCCGGUUUACUUUAUUUGCAGGAUUCUAAUGAUAAAUUUGUACAUGUUCAACUAUUGAUUAAUUUGAAAGUUUCACCUUUAAUGAAAAGUCAAUACAAUAUGGUGUUAAGAAACGUUAUGGAGUAUGAUGUGAAAUUUUAUGAAAAUUUCAAUUUUGACCAACUCGUGGAAAUCACAGAGCAAAUCAAAACACGAAUUUUAUCCAAUGAUACCAAUGAUAUGCAACUAACCAAGACCCCGUUGAGUAUUAAAAUUAUGGUUGCUGAGUGGUAUUUAUCGCAUUUAUGUUCCGGGAUUUUAUCGACUGUUAAUCGAAUCGUGCUGCUAAAGAUAUUCAAAAUUUUUUGUAUCGAUCUGGAAGUGUUCCACCACUUCUUCAAAUGGAUUGAAUUCAUUGUUUAUCAUCAACUAUUGAGUGAUAUAGAGUCUCUAGAGGCAUUAAUGGAUAUAUUACUUUGUUACCAGAAAUUGUUUUCGCAAUUCAUUAACGAUCAUAUACUUUUCACAAAGACUUUCAUAUUCAUCUAUAAGAAAGUCUUGAGAGAAAAGGAUGUAUCCGCUUACAGCGUCACAUCAUUCAUGCCAUUUUGGAAAUUUUUUAUGAAAAACUUCCCAUUUGUUUUGAAAGUGGAUAUCGAUUUAAGGGUUGAAUUGCAAUCUGUAUACAACGACGAAAAAUUGAAAACUGAGAAGCUGAAAAGUGAUAAGUCAGAAGUUCUAAGGGUUUACUCCGUGAUAAAUAACUCAAGCGAUACGAUUGGACAAUCUUGGAACUUCCCCGAAGUGUUUCAAAUAAAUAUCAGAUUCUUACUGCACAAUUCUGGGUAUAGCGAUGACAAAACAGGAAAACAGUUUCAGAAAGCAAGAAACAACGUUAUGCUUUUGAUUGCAACAAAUUUAAAGGAAUACAAUAAAUUUAUGUCCAUUUUCCUGAAGAGAAAAGAUUUUACAAAUGAAAAUUUAAUACAAUUAAUCUCACUAAAACUUCUCACUUUUGAAGUGAUUCAGAAUGUCUUGGGGAUUGAGUUCACUAUCAAGUUACUACCAAUUAACUUGAAAAACAAUGAUAACUCAUAUGGGUUAUUUUUGAGAUUUCACAAGGAACAGUUUAUAAAAGCAAAUUUUGAGAAAAUCUUACAAACGUGCCAUGAAUUAGAUAGGAAAUCUCAUGACAGUAGUGGUGAAAUGAAUUAUUAUGAAAUUUUAUUAAAAAUUCUUAUAACUUACGGAUCAUCGCCCAAACUACUCGCAAUAUCCACAAAGAUCAUCAUGCUGUUACUGGAUGAAAGUGUUGAAAAUUCAUCUCAUAUCUUGGAAGAUAUUUUAUACUAUUCAACGUGUCCAUCGGUUACUGACCUCAAUGGUAUACCAUUGGGUAGCGGGCAACCGGAUAAUAGUAGUGAUAGUGCUAAUGGUGGUGGUAGGUAUGAUGAUGAUGAUGACCAUACUGUUGACGAAAUAGAGCCUGUGGAAUAUUAUAGCAUGAUGGACUUUACCAAUCUUUGGAUUUUCCAGGCUUUCACUCGCUUUUGCAUCAAAAAAUUCAUAAAGAAUAAUAAUGCUGGUGGUAAUGGAUCAGAAAUGAUGAGCGAGGACCUGAAAUUUUUCAUUUUCCAAAUUAUAGAAAUAACUAAUUCCAAUGAUUUGUGUUCACAGAUUUUUGACCAGCUGAAAGAUAUGCAGACUAUUGAAAUGAUAACGCAAAUUGUAGAGGAAGACUUCUGCACCAAGUGUUUGCAAACAAGCGAUCAAAAGAUGGACGAUAAUUAUAUCGUCGUUGUCAUUGAGAUUGUAACGUCAUUAUCCAAAAGAUUUCAAAGAGAAACAUCGGGUAUGAUCACAAUUUCCAUAAAAAACUACCAUUUACUAAUCAAAAUUGUGAGGCAAUUGAGCGAACUGAACGAAACAAAUCUAUCUAACAGAGAAACACAAAUAGACGCCGUCCUAAAACUUUUCACUUUUCACCAAAACUCCAUUUUUCAGUACAUAAUCGCGGAUUUAAACAAGGACAAAUCUACAAUCCCGUUUAUUGAUAGUAUGUGCAAACUGUUUGAUAAAAUAUCGUUCAAUUUGAGAUUGAAACUGUUCCUUUAUGAGAUCUUAUCCUCACUGAAAUCGUUUGCCAUAUACUCGUCCACCAUUGAUACCCCACCAUUCCACAUGAAUAACAAGAUUGAACUACCGAAAAAACUGUUGAACUUGCCACCCUUCCAAGUAUCCUCUUUCGUCAAAGAUUCCAAGCCACACGGUGGCGAUCAUGCGGAAGAUGAUGGCGAGGAAGAUGCAGAACAAAAGGAAUCACUUGAUCUAGAGUUGGGGAUCAGCAUAGUGGAAACAAUCCAAGAGAACGAACAAAGAUGGCUGAUAUACGACAAGAACGAUCACAAAUAUGUCUGUGCAUUUUCCAUGGAACCGUACCAUUUCAUUUCCAACUACAAUACCAAAUAUACGGAUGAAAUGGCUGCUGGCGGUACCGAUACAGCUGCAUUCAACGACUCGUGCGUCAACUUGAGUCUGUUUGAUGCCCGGUUCGAGAGAAAGAACCCACACUAA